CACUGCUGCAGAGGGACACAGAAACACACGCCGAAGGACUGUCACACACCAACCUCUGCGGGAUAUUCCUUCACUUGCACUCCGUAAUAUUCUUCACGAGCAGCGACUUCAUAUGGUGUUUUUUUCCUCUCUUUACCAACACUGGAUUUAUUUAGGAGUAUUUAGACAUUGAAGAGCCCGAUAGAGGAUGACAUUUGGGCAAUUUAUUGUUCUUUAGAGACAGCUUUGGGUCUGACACGGAGGACGCGCACUGCUGCGUAUAUGCCCUUCCGGAUUACCGCACUCUCUUCUGUUUAAUUUAUCAUCAUGAAAGGUGCUGGUGAUUGAUUUUUUUACCCUGCGUCCACUCGUUAUAUGCCAACGUUCCUCUCCGAGCCCCGAUCCAGAUGAGAGAUCCCCCCGGUGGAUCUGAACCGCUUUUACGCAGACAGUCCCCGGAGCUCAGCAGGGAUCAUCACCGGACAGGAGCGUGCGUUUUACCUGCUUCUUGUCCUCCUACGGAUCCCUUUCGUCAAGCUAAAAGGCUUCCCAUCCGGAUCGUAAAGAUGUUGACGGCGCACAGCGGCCACUUGCUGCACCCGGAGUAUCUCCAGCCACUCACAUCCGCACCAGUCAGUAUUGAAUUGGAUGCCAAGAAGAGUCCUUUGGCUCUGCUGGCCCAGACCUGCUCUCAAAUUGGCAAACCAGACCCCCCCUCCUCUUCCAAGCUGGCCUCCCUUUCCUCAGGCAGUCUGGGAGACAAGGAAUCCUCGAGUAGAUCUUCAAAGUCUGGAGAUCAUCACCAGGAUGACAAGUCCAGCUUCAAGCCUUACGCCAAGUCAUCCGGCGACUGUCGGAAAGACGCCCUGACAAAGGGGUCUUCGGAUAAAGCCGCUUUUAGGGUGCCGAGUGGCAGCUCCAGCAGUGGCGCUGCUUCAUGUUCGUCUUUUCCUCCCCAUUCCCGGUCCCCCAGCUCCAGCCCUCCUCCCCUGCACAAACAGAGCCAUUCCCCGUCCACACAGUCACACUCCCAGGCCCCGCACACGGACAACAAAUCGGGGAGCUCAGAGCAGACAAACUCGGACAGUAAUGGCAGCAAAAAAGACUCAGAUGCAGCUAAGUCGGGGAUGGAUGGGGCACAGUUAGCCAACUCCAGCCACGUACGGGCCAGCGCCAACUCCAGCAACGCCAGCUCUGCCAGCAGCCCGCGGCCGGAGAGCAAGGCGGACCCCCAGGCCUCCUCGCAGUCGGGCCUGAGCUCCGGCCACAUCGCCCCCGUCUCCCCUUUCAAACCCGGACAUUCUGUCUAUCCUUUGCCCCCUGCCUCCAUGGGCUACCACGGCUCCAUCGUGGGGGCCUACGCUGGCUACCCCUCCCAAUUUGUGCCUGGUAUGGAUCACACAAAGUCUGGUUUGGGGUUUCCGGGAAAGCACCCCAGCUCCAGCCCUCUCACUGGAGCGUCCCCUCCGUCCCUGAUGCAGGGUCUAUGUCGGGACCCGUACUGUCUGACUUACUCCAACGCGCCCCACCUCGGAGGAAGCAACUGCUCCCCCUGCGUCCACGACCCGUCCAGCCUUAAGGCCGGUUUCCCCCUGGUUUACCCCUCCCACCACCUCCACUCCCUGCACCCCAGCUCCUUGUCUGCCAGCACGGCCGCCUCCAUGUCCCAUCCCCUCUACACCUACGGCUUUAUGAUGCCCAACGAGCCCCAGCCUCAUGCCUGCAACUGGGUGUCCGUCGGGGGUCCAUGUGAUAAGAGAUUCUCCACGUCAGAGGAGCUCCUCGCCCACCUGCGCACCCACACCUCCCUGCACGGGAUGGUGGACAGUAAGCUGUUGUCGGGAUACCCUUCAUCGAUGUCGACGGCCUCUUGCCACCUCCACCUGCCCCAUCAGGGCAACCCGGGGUCCAUUCCCGGCUCCUUCUCCCUCAGAGGCUCCCCUGGUUUAAGCCUGGCUCGCUACCACCCGUACAGCAAAUCCCACAUGCCCGGAGCACCAGGACUUCCUAUGCCGUCCAUCCCCUCCUCGGCGUAUUACUCCCCCUACGCCCUCUACAGCCAGAGACUGGCCUCAGCCUCCGCCCUGGGAUACCAGUGAUAUCAGAAAUAGUGUUGACACCCACAGACUGCAGGCACCAGCUUGGAGAUGGAUGCCCGAGGUGUCAGCACCAGCACCUGCCAGGAACACCACCUGUUUUAGCCUCAGGAUUGUCCAUCCGAAGGCAAAAGGCCCUUUGACGGAUUGUCUGCAGAACUCAACAGACUUUCGUGAUUAACAUGGCGGGACACAGAGCUUGAAAAUGAUGGAAAAAUGGGAUUAUUACAAGAGUCUUGAUUUUGUUUUUUGUUUUUUCUAUAUCUUGUCUCCCAGAACUGAAAGUCUGUAUUUAUUUUUCACUCAAAGCGCUUGGUAUUCAACUCUAAGGGGGAAAUGUUGCUGUCCAAAUAAAUUGUUCUGACAUAUUCUAACUGAAAAAGAUUUAAGUAUAGUAUCCUUAUGCCUAUCAUACACUCUAAAAAUAAAAACCUUGCACCAUGAUGAAGAUGGACUGUGAAGCUUUAUUCUGGGGACUUCUUUUUAUCUCCUCUCCUCUCUGCUGUUGUUUUUUUUUCCUGCAUCUCAUUCAGACUCUGGAGAAUUGCAUGUCCGUGAGAAUUAUCUUGAACAAUGCCAUUAUUUUUAUUUGUAUAUAUGCAAAGAUGUAAUAUUUUUUCAAGCUUACUUGGGGUCACUGAUGCAAAUGGUACAAAAAUAAGACAAAAUGACAUAAAUAAAACAAUUAAUGAUGGCUGUGCUAUCAAAGCAACAGAAUAAAGGUCUUAUUUUGUUAAAUAAAUGA